GUGUUUUUAUCGCGGGGCAUCUGACUGACCGGCCGACCGACCGAGAGGCGCACCAUGAACCUGCUGGAGCCGCUCGCCGCGGGGAGACCAUGCUCAUCAUGAGUCGCUCGCCGGGCAGCAGGACUUGACACCUGCGGUUUAUCUGAAAUCGCCGAAAUUGUCCCUCAUAGUACAACCCAGAAUUUCCUCCACUUCUGUCACCUGGAAUUGCUUAAACACUAGAACUAAUCAUGCUGUGGAAAACGGGACUGAUUUUUCUGUGCUGGGGCUUGACGUCCGGGGAACUCCAGGACAGGCAGUCCGGUGCUACUCCAGCGCAGAGAACUUUGGAUUUCGGCUUCGUCCCCUCCGGAGUUUACGAUACCGUCGCCUAUUACGAGCCUGGGGCCAUUGGGAUUUUAUUUAACAUGAUGCACGCUUUCCUUUAUGUGGUUCAGCCCAACCCGUUUCCUGAAGAUCUCGUCAUUAGAGUGGCAAAGGAUAAAUUCGGAGCCAUACAAUCCGAGUACCAGAAGCCAGAAAACAUUGUUCUGACGCUACAGGUGAUUUAUUAUGAGAUUGGUUUUGUGGUGUGCACGGCACUGGGCCUGCUGUUCACCGUGCUGCUGCCGCUGGUGGGGCUUCUCUUUUGUUUGUGCCGCUGCUGUGAUAACUGCGGAGGAGAAAUGCACCAGAGACAGCGGAAGAACGCGGACUGCCUUAGAGGACUGCUGACCACACUGUUACUCACCACCACCUUCAUUAUCACGGCAGGGGUCCUUUGUGCAUAUGCAGCCAAUCAGAACCUGAGUUCCCAGCUGAAGAGCAUGAGGAGGCUGGUGAAGAGUAACCUGAAAGACCUGCACACCUUCGCCAAUCAGACCCCUGCACAAAUUGAUUACCUGAUCUCUCAGUAUGGCACAGUGAAGCACCAUGUGCUGUAUGACCUGGAGAAUGUAGGUCUGCUCUUGGGUGGAAGGAUACAUGAGGAGUUGGGAAAAGACGUGCAGCCCGCCCUCAACGCGGCUCUCAGCAUGACUGGAAUUAAAGUGGAGAAAUCCAUUAAAGCAAUGCGAGACACUAAGGAUGCUCUAGAGAAUGUGAGUUUGACGUUGGAGACUUUGCAGGAAGGAACAGUCAAACUGCAGGCUAACCUCAGCCUGGUGCGCGGAAGCCUUAGCAACGCCCUUAAUGAUCCUGUCUGCACAGACGCACGCUCAUCUGAGAUUUGUCACAACAUACGUAGCACCCUUCCCAGGCUAGAAAUUGCAGCCAACUACUCAUCGUUGCCUGAUGUGACCAACCAGUUAGACAAAGUGAAUGAAGUUCUAAAGACGGACCUCAGCCAGAUUGUGGAAAAGGGCUUUACAUCAUUCAAUGACACUCCCACCUUGGUAACAGAUCAAACCCGAAAUAUUGUGGAAGGGGUGAAGGUUCUGCUGGACGACAUUGGAUCAAACAUCACCACUUUCAGCAAGCUCUUCCUGGUUCACAGCUCUUUGACCAACUUCACCAAAAUGAUCUCUCACACACACUCACAGAUCGAGGACAUCUACCCUCAAGUUGAUCAGAUGGAUUUCUACAGGUGGAUCUGUUGUAUUACCCUGUGCUGUAUGGUUGUGCUCAUCCUCGCCUUCAAUUUUCUGGGUUUGUUGUGUGGUAUUCUGGGAUUCAACAGGCACGCAACUCCAACAACACGUGGUUGUGUCUCUAACACAGGAGGCAACCUGCUCAUGUCUGGUGUGGGCUUCAGCUUCCUGUUCUCCUGGGUGCUCAUGGGAGUGAUAGCAGCUCUGUUUUUGGUGGGUGGGAAUCUAGAAAAGCUUGUGUGUGAACCCUUUCAAACCCGACAGCUGUUUAAGGUGUUAGAUACACCCAAGCUGAUCAACUCUGCUUGGAGAAACUUCAUACCAGGAUACCUGUACAAUGACCCUGAGAUGGACCUUACAGCAUAUUCUCUCUACAGUAAUUGUAAGGACAACAGAGGGAUUUACUCAGCUCUUCAUCUGGAUAAGAUCUUCAACAUCUCAGCCUUCUUUAACACUAGUGUUUACUCCAAGGAUGUGUCAAGGAAGUUUGAAGGGAUGAAGGUGGACCUGCGUGACAUCAUUCUUCUGGAGUCAGAAGGCAAACAGAAUCUCAUCAGUUUCACUGAAACUGGGAUUAAUGAGGUUGACUUUGCUGCCUAUUUGGAGGAGGUUAAUAAAGGAGUGACUCUCAUUCAUCUAGUUGAUUUCGCUAGUCAACUUGAUGCUCAAGCUGAUCAGUUGUCUAAAGGGACCUUGCAGACCUCAUUAAAGGGACACGCUAAUACUAUAAGACAGAUCCACACCCAGCAAGUCAUCCCACUGGAGCAGUCCAUGAAAUAUGUGAAAGCAAGGAGCACACUUAAUCAGAGCAUCAGACUUCUGGAGAGGACGUCCUCAGACCUGCCUGUCAGAGUUAGAGAUGUAUUAGCAGCCGUUGAUGCCACCCAGUUCCUAAUUUCCCACAAUGCAACAUUUGUGGUCAAUCAGGAAACAGAGAAAUACAAGCAGACUAUUAUUGGCUAUUUCAAGCAGUAUAUUGACUGGAUCAGAACGUCUUUGGCCCUGGAGGUCGCUACCUGUAAACCACUCAGCAACAUUGUGGACACGGCCGAGAUCCUAGGCUGCAGUUUCCUGCUGGAUUCAAUGAACACAUUCUGGUUUGGAUUAGGCUGUUCCACACUGUUUCUGCUCCCUAGCAUUAUCCUGUCCGUCAAACUUGCCAAGUUCUACCGCAGAAUGGACACAGAGGAUGUCUACGAUGAUUCCUCUGUGUCAGGGACUUGGCAUUUCACCUUAUGAUAACCAUUCUUGCUAUUUCCAUCUUUCUUCAUUCUUCGUCUUUCUGUUCAGCACUUUGCACUUUAUGAGAACUACAUGUAUAUAUUGUACAAACAGUGUUUUGUUUUAGCGUUUUUCGAGCAUUCAUCCGUUUACAGCCGAGAUCAUUGCGAUUGACAAGUCACCAAGUGUCUUGACCAGAGAUGUCCAUUUUGACAUCCGUGUGAUGUCUCUGUCUACCACUACAGUGCAUCUCUGUAACAUUUUUGCUUGUCUUGUAUCUUUUUAGCAUUGAGACAAUUCCUAUGAAAACGUAAGCUGUUUUUCCCCUCAUACUUUUGCUGUCGACUUUACUGCUAAAACGAUAUCCCUUUCCUGUUUUGUACAUAAAACUUUCUGCUUAAUGGUGCUGGUUUAAGCUCUAAGCCUGGGAAUGCUUCUCAGAUGAAGGGCGCUGCUUGUGUUGGUGUGUUAUCUUUGAAGCUCCCUUGUUUAACAUGAAGGGCUGUUAAAACAGAGACCUUAAGAGCACACUUCAAAACUAUUGCUGUACAUUUUACAAGAUAUGUUUGCAGUUUAUACCGUUUCAUACUCUAUCUUCCGUGUAAAUUUUUCAAGAAUGCUUUAAAAUGAAGCUUGUCCAUAGUCACAUGCCAUUUCUCUCAUGUCACAUCAUGUUUCGUUUACAUUUUUGUCUAUGUAAUGUUUUAUUUCGGUAUGGAAAUUGGUACUAAUGGUUAUUAUAAUGAACAUUUAGAAUGUAUCCAAAAUCCUGUAAUGGCAAGGUAAUCAGAACCAUACACCCUGCGUGUUACGCUAAACGGCAUGCAUUGGGUGGAACGAUUGAGGUGAUAAUUAGGUAUCAGAGGACUGAUGCAUGCGCAGUUUGAAGUUGCCCUUUGCACAAAUGAUCACCUGGGAGUCUGAUAUUUCCUUUUUCUUUUUGUCAUUGUUAAAAUAGUGCUUGCAUGCUGACUAACUCAAUAGCAGUAAUGCAGAAUUUGUGUUUUGCACUCUUGCAUGAUAUUUGAAUUUAUAUUAACAUUGCAUACAUUAGAUUUCGCAGAAUUUAUUGACUGGCAGAAUUCACGUUUUUUUUUGCAUGUAUUCAAAUUUUUGUCUUCUCGCAUGACUCUUGAAAUUCUCACUGCACUGCUAUGGCUGAGAAUGGUCUUUCUCUCCAACUCAUCACUAAUGAUGUGUUUCAACAGCAAAGCAUGUAACAGAGGUCAGGAUGGUGUGCUAGAAUGACACAGAGCUUGGAUACAUCCAAACACUAUCAUUCAGAAAUUUGGGGUUGAUGAGAUUUUUGAAAAAAGCGAGCAAUUAUUUGAUUAAAAAGUAUAGCAAAAACAAUAUUGUUACAAUGUAAAAUAGA